CAUUACCACACCUAACAUUCAGAUCAAACACAAACUAACGGUUGCAAAUUACCUUCCGAGUUUUGAUUUCUGAGUUGUGAGAGCUGACCCAGUAACCAUUUUUGUCUUCGUCUUGAAUAUCUCCCAAAAGUCAGCAACGAAUCCAAAUUAUUGGGGUUCGAUUCCACCAACAAUAAAAUAAUCGAAACCCCAACUCUUUUCAUUCGUCUUCUAAUGCUUGCUUUCAUUAUUGCCGGCACUCCUUCGCUUUUGCCUUCACUCUCUUGGACUCUCUCUCAUUUCUGAGGUUUUAUAGUGACUCUGUGAUCAAUUGGGUCGAGCACUCGAGUUGAAGCCAUGGAUGAAGAGGCGCCAUUGGUUGGUGAUAAACUAGUUGAAAUUCCAAAGAAAAACCAUGCCAGAGAUGUUCAUAUUCUCAGCUCUGCCUUCCUCUUGGUCUUUCUUGCCUAUGGUGCUGUUCAGAAUCUUGAGAGUACCCUCAACACCGAAGAGGAUUUGGGUACGACUUCGCUUGGGAUAUUGUAUGUGUCUUUCACAUUUUUCUCCAUGGUGGCUUCAAUGGUGGUUCGGGGACUUGGGUCAAAGAAUGCUUUGGUUCUUGGGACUACUGGUUAUUGGUUGUUCUUAGCUGCAAAUUUGAAGCCAUCAUGGUAUACAAUGGUUCCAGCUUCUGUUUACCUUGGAUUUUCUGCUUCAAUUAUAUGGGUUGGGCAGGGUACAUAUCUCACUUCCACUGCCCGCAGUCAUGCAAGAGAUUAUAACUUACAUGAAGGAACAGUAAUUGGUAAAUUCAAUGGAGAGUUCUGGGGACUGUUUGCGAGUCACCAGUUUGUUGGAAAUCUUAUCACACUUGCAUUGUUGAGUGAUGGAACGGAGGGAAGUACCAGUAGCACAACUUUAUUGUAUGUUGUGUUUCUUUGCAGUAUGACCUUAGGUACCAUACUUAUGUGCUUCUUAACAAAAAAGACUGAUGAAGGAGAGAGUCGGCAACCAGAUUCAUCUGUCAGCUUUUACUCUAAUGUGGUAUCUUUGUCAAAGUCAGUAAUUAAUCCUUUGUUUGAUGUACGGAUGCUACUGGUCAUUCCCCUUAUUGCAUAUUCAGGAUUACAACAAGCGUUUGUAUGGGCUGAAUUCACCAAGGAUAUUGUAACCCCAGCACUUGGUGAGUCUGGUGUGGGUGGUGCAAUGGCGGUAUAUGGAGCUUUUGAUGCAAUAUGUUCAUUGGCUGCUGGUCGACUUACCUCUGGUCCUAAGUCUAUCACUUUGAUAGUUUCUGGUGGAGCCUUUAUUCAGGCUAUCGUAUUCCUCUGGCUUCUACUAGCAUACAGGUUAACUAGCGGAGUACUUGGCAUUAUGUACCCACUUCUCAUGGCUGCCAUUUUGGGCAUUGGUGAUGGAGUAUUUAAUACACAGCUUAGUGCUUUGCUUGGGAUACUCUUCAAGCAUGAUAUGGAAGGGGCAUUUGCACAGCUCAAGGUCUGGCAGAGUGCUUCCAUUGCAGUUGUAUUCUUCCUGAGUUCAUACAUCUCAUUGAAGGCAAUGCUGGUGAUUAUGCUUGCUGCCCUCUGCAUCUCGUAUGCUGGAUUCCUGUUUUUGACUCUCAAGGUGGAGAAAGCAUUUUCCUCCUCUAGUUCGUGAAGUCGGUGUUGCUCAUAAAAUCAUAGUUGUUCAUGUCAUAUGCAUUUUAAUAUGCUCCAUUAAUGUGUGCAAUACCUAUUCUUUCACAAUUUGUUGUUGUGAAAUGUAAAAUUUGAAAGAAUGUGCACAAAUGCCUUGUGCCGUUUUAGCCUUUAGGAUGGCUGUAUACCAACUCCUUGUAACAAUUUCUGGGAGAGAUGAUGAAGUAGUUAUCAAUGGUUAAAGUUGUUGGCCCACCCAAGGUGGGAGAAUAGGUUUUAAUCAUCUCCUCCUGUUACGGAUCUUAAUUUGUUGGCAUACAAAUUUGAUAUUCCUAUUUCACGUUGAAUUUUUUUUAGUAA